GAAACUGCAAUUACCAUUGCUAUAGUGAAAAAAUAGUUCACUAGCAACUCCAGCAUCCUCUUAGGUGAAGAAUGUGGUAUUGUGGCAACCGCUGACGUAUAUCGGCUGUGCCGGCGGUGCGGCGUGAACCGUGGAUUGACAGUAGUUGAAGAAGGCUGUGUAGAAUUUGUAGAAUUCCCGUGAAACUAUUUUGUCAGAAGUUAUAGUCUAGCCAUUUAUCAACGAUGGCUGUCAACAGUGGAGUGUCGUUUGUUUUGUCGUCGAUAUUGUCAGUGUUGCUGUUCUCCUGGAUGCAGAUGUACAAAGCUUGGCUCAGCUCGUCGCAAUUGGGAACCGUGCUGGGAGGUUGGAUGGGAUCGCUGUUGUUCAUGUGCACACUAACUGCUGUGGGAAACCUUGAAAGUAUCUUAUUCGGAAAGUACUUUCAACAGAAGCUGCUUCCAGAAGUGGUUUUCUCAUUGACUCUGAGUCUAAUCGCAUCAGCUCUGAUCCAUCGUGUGUCCACCACGACGUGUUUAAUAUUCUCUAUGAUCGCGCUCUAUUACAUGAAUCGAAUCUCACAAGAAACGUAUGGUGUGUCCGUGCAGAAUCCAGUGGUGCAACUGAAGAAGCGUAAAUGAACGUAUAUAUAUUGUAUACAAAUACAAGGAUAUUUGUAUUAUAUUUUUUCUAUUAUAACGCUGUACGUGAAACUUCCAGUUUAUAAAAUUAAAUUUAAUUUCACUAUA